GAAAAUCAGCAGCUACGAUAAGCAGAGCAUUCGAACGUUUAUUUAUAAAUUCUCGCAGGCAAAUAUAGAAAAACGAAAAGAACACGAAAGCCAAAAAAAGCCUAAUACGACUACGAAAACGAGUGACCAUUGUCUUUUCCUUGCAUCCAGCAACAAAAACAAAUUUUCGCUCGCUCCGUUUGUUUUCAUCGAAAGAUUCGCGGUCGCCGUCACGUGGAGUGCCGGCAGCGGUGCCGGCAGUGGCAGCGACGCCAGCUAGCAUUGUGUAGUUGCUAUCGCAGUUUCGCUUUAAAUCGUCACUUUUAUUUGCGGUCUACUUUGUGCUUUGGCAUCUUUUUAUCCCCUACGGUGGGACAAAUCGGAAAUGUAGAGUUGGCUAUUUAAUAGGUCAAUAAAUGAAUAACUACUUAUUGGCAUUACAAAUAAGAAAUUUUUGCAACAAUAAAAUAGUUCUGUUUAAUAGUUACGUUGAAUUGGAAAAUACAAGCCCCUCUUUCAGUUGUUUGCGCUGCCUCCCGCAAACUUGCGGUUAAUAAAGCAGGAAAAACAACAAGAAACAACAGUGAUGGGGGCGUCGUCGCCGCUCUGUCAGCGUCGCUGCCUUCGUGGGGCUUUGCCCGUCGACGACGCGUCAGUUAAAAAGCGUCGCUUGGUGAAGCUAGCUAGCGAUUUUAUUUAUAUUUUUUUUUUGUACACAUUUUUUUUGUAGUUGUUCCAAAUGUGAUAUAAUUUGUUAAGUAUUUAUUUAUAAAACACGCGGCGACGAGGAAAAGCAAUAAAGUUUGAUAAAAACGAGGAUUGCCGACCAAACAACAACAAAAAAAGACAAAAAACAAAGAGCGAAAUAAAAGGAGCUGCAGAAAACAGAGGCAAAGAGAAACAACAAAUAACGGCAAAAGCAUGGGCAAAAGGAGAGGAGCAGCAUAAAAGAAAUUACAAAUAAAGGGAAAAGCAAUAACAACCACCAAAAAAACGGAAAAUACGCAAAAUAUGUAUUAAAGCGAUUAGAUAAAAUAGAAUUUUUACAAUUAUACAAAAGCACUAAAUAAAAUAUACAUAUAGGAAAAAGUAAAAAAAAAAGCUCAAUGAAAUUUAAAAAAAAAAUCUUGAUAAAAAAAUAAAAGCAAAGUAACCAAAGUCGGACGAUCUUUAAAACAAGGAAAGAAGAAUAAUAUAUGGAAUAAAAAACCGAACUUUCGAGAAAUAAAAGCAAAGGACAAUCAAAGGAUAAUGAAGGAAGAACAAGACAAGAACUUAAAGCAGGAAGCAGAUGAAUUUAAGAAGAUCUCUAAGCACUGAAAAAAACAAAUCAAUUAAAUACAUCACAGAAAAAAAACACCAUUUGAUGCGUAAAAUAACAUAAAUUAUCGUGUAAUCAACUUGAAUUUAAAGAAUUAAAUACAAAAUCAAUUAAAAUUAAAGAGCAACUGAGUUGAGCUAAGAAAAUCAACCAAUUGCGAGUUAACAACAAUUAUAAAAUAAUUAUAAAUAUCCAAAGGCAUUGCAUUUUCAAAUUAAUACCAAACACAUUACAAAAAUCGAAAGAUCUUCGUGACAGACUUCAGAGAGUACUUUUCGAGCCUCCUGGAAAUCAAAGCUUUAAGAUUGGGGAUAUAAAGGCUAUAUCUGCAUAUCCUUAUACGAUAUACCAGCCUGUGGACUUAAUUUCGGACCCCGAAUUCGAAAUGGUUUACUCCACGAACAUCCUGCUGGCGAUUGUGACGAUCCUAACGGGCGUCUUCAUCUGGUCCCGUCGCACCUACGUUUAUUGGCAGCGCCGCCGGGUGAAGUUCGUCCAGCCAACCCACCUGUUGGGCAAUCUGAGCCGUGUUCUCCGACUAGAGGAGUCCUUUGCCCUCCAACUGCGCCGCUUCUACUUCGACGAGCGUUUCCGCAACGAGCCCGUGGUGGGAAUCUAUCUGUUUCACCAGCCAGCACUCCUCAUCCGGGAUCUUCAGCUGGUGCGUACCGUCCUGGUCGAGGAUUUCGUCAGCUUCUCCAACCGUUUCGCCAAGUGCGAUGGGCGCAGCGAUAAAAUGGGCGCCCUAUCACUUUUCCUGGCCAAGCAACCCGAGUGGCGCGAGAUCCGCACCCGUUUAGCACCAGCCUUCGCCGGCGCCAAGCUGAAACAGAUGUUCUCGCUGAUGGAGGAGAUCGGCUGCGAUCUGGAGUGGUAUCUGAAGCGGCUAACACGAGAUUUGCGACGCGGCGAUGCCGAACGUGGAGCCAUUGUGAGCAUCAAGGAUGUCUGUGAUCUCUACAACACCGACAUGAUAGCCAGCAUCGCUUUCGGGCUGAGAUCCUACAGCCUUAGGAACACGCAGUCGCAGAUCGGAUCACAUUGUCAGGACCUGUUUCGACCGAAUGUCCGUCGAAUAUUCGAUUUAUUUGUGAUCUUUUACCUGCCAAGACUGGUGCCGUUGCUGCGGCCCAAACUAUUCACGGAGGCGCAUGCAGAGUUCCUGCGCCGGGUCAUCCAGCUGGUGAUCGAGGAGCGGGAACGUGGUGGCGAUCUGCGCAACGAUCUCAUCGAGAUGCUGCUGACGCUCAAAAAAGAGGCCGAUCUGCAGCAGGACAAGUCGCACUUUACGCACCAUCGCGACUUUCUGGCCGCCCAGGCGGCAUCCUUUGAGGUGGCCGGCAUUGAGACUUGCUCGGCGAGCAUGUCCUUUGCCCUCUACGAGCUGGCCAAACAACCUCUGAUGCAGUCCCGUUUGCGUCGCGAGAUACGCGAGGCAUUCGCGGAGAAUCCCGAUGGCAAGCUCACCUACGAGGCCAUUGCCCGGAUGAAGUUUCUUGACAUGGUCGUGGAGGAAACACUGCGGAAGUAUCCAAUUGUCCCGCUCUUGGAGCGCGAGUGCACGCCGAUCAACAAGAAGCGAUUCUACUCGCUGAGGCCACAUGCCGAGUGCUACGCCCGCCGUGGGAUGCCCGUGUUUAUAUCGAAUCUGGCCAUUCACCACGAUCCUAAGUAUUGGCCGGAUCCGGAACGCUUCGAUCCGGAACGCUUCAGUGCGGCCAACAAGGCUCAGCAGGCGCCCAUGUCGUAUCUGCCCUUUGGGGCGGGGCCACACAACUGCAUCGGAAUGCAAAUCGGACUGCUGCAGAUUAAGCUGGGCCUCGUUUACUUCUUGCACCGCCACCGCGUGGAGAUUUGCGACCGCACCGUGGAGCGGAUUCGCUUUGACGCCAAGUUCGCGCUGCUGGCCAGUGAACAACGCAUUUACCUCAAGGUCGACUGUUUUUAGCCAACGCUCCCAUCACGCCCAUCCGCCCAUUUCACGCCUCGCCAGCCCAUAUCAGUAACAUUACUUUAUCAGUCUUAUGGGCCGGGAGCAGGAGGGACCCGCCAUCGUCAUCGCUUUGUAAAUACUUCGCCUGCCUCAAAUAAACUUUGCUACGAUCUUUUUUUUUCUAAAUAUUAA